AUGGAGACCUACAACAACCAUCUCGAGGAGAAGAGCCAUACUAGCAGUGUUGAAGCGGUGAAAAAAGACCCCCAGGCCCUUCUCCAAAAGCUUAGUGAGAUUGAAGUGGCCAUGAUGAGCUGUGUGGUGAAGAAUAACUUUAAGUCUUGUUCUGGCUCUGAAACCUUCUGGAGGAGACACUGUCAUGCUAUCGAGCUUGUCAAGACUGAGCCUGGGAAGAAGAUAUGGUACAAUUACAGACGGGGCUUUUGUGCUGACAGCGCUAAGCAGGUAUCCAAAAAUGAGCCACCUCCACCCUGGCCUCAGCCACCAGGCAUUUUCUCUGAAGGCAAGCAUUUCCAUUCAUGUGCCUUCCUGGAAAUGGUCAAACAAAUCUACGAGCAAGUCUUCCUCUGGCCAUCUGGUGAAAGCCCUGCCCUUGAGCAGGAAGCAUUUGCGAUGAUGCUCUUGGACCAGUCGAUGACACUUGAAUCAGGGACUGUCCUAUUCAAGUUGUAUGAGAAGCUCGAGAUUGACAGAACGACACCAGAUGCACUGCUCACUGUGCACAAUGGUGUCAAGCACCUUCACAUUGAGUACCUCCAGGAGCACUGGGCCUCAUAG